AUGUGGGACUCAGCAGCACUAACAAAAUACAACAACACUAGCCAUAGAAGUAUGGUAUCUGAAAACAAGCUUUGGUGCAGAAAUGAGUCGCAGGGUAUUGUGACGGCCGAGACAAUUCAGACCGCUUUUCGUUCGACGGAAGAGGGGUUUACUGCUAUGGUUACUGAUUUAUGGAAUACGCGGCCUCAAGUUGCGACUACUGGAAUGUGUUGUUUGGUUGGAGUGAUUUUUCAGCAGACGCUUUUUGUGGCAAAUUUAGGAGAUUCUCGUGUUGUAUUGGGAAAGAAAGUUGGGAAUACAGGUGGGGUUGCGGCGAUUCAGUUGUCAACGGAACAUAAUGCGAAUCUUGAGGCUGUUAGACAUGAACUUAAAGAGUUACAUCCUCAUGAUCCUCAGAUUGUUGUUCUCAAGCAUGGAGUGUGGAGAGUAAAAGGCAUUAUUCAGGUAAAUUUUAUGUUAUUGAAUCGUUGAAUGUGGUGGUC